AAAAGCUCUCCAAGUGCCAGUUGAUUUCUUGUCGCGUCGCAGGCCAAACGUUUUCCUAUUUUCUGAGACCCAAAAAGAGCGUGUGAAUAUUGGAAAUAUAUUAAUGGCCCCCCGAAUCAUCGAUAAGGUCUACCAAUCGCUCUAUUGAUUGAAAGUUAGAUGACGCAUAAACCUAAAUUAUGUUCGUUUAAAUGUCGUGCCUCUGGCAAUCCUGCGUGAAAUUAAACUAAUUAGUGUACCAAGCAGGUCGAGGCAUAAUAUUACGCAUACGCCUCAUAAGCAAAUACAAAUUCGCUAAAACAACAAAGGUGUCACUGUGUCCUCAGUGCGUUCGUGUUUGUGCUUCUGGCCACCUGAAACCAGUUGAAACUGGUUGUUCAAUCGGCCAAGAGCCAUAUAUGUGGGCCAAUGAAAAAAUGCAUAAAAAUGUCAACUCAUGAGAAAAAUAUCUUAUUAAAUAAAUGUUCGAUGGAAAAACAGCAGUGUUCAAAGUGUUAAACCAUUCAAAUUAAUCUCUUGAAUUGUGAAAAAUAUUAAAUAAAAACUAAUAUUGGGAAAACCAUUAAAAGCCUAUAAAACUAAAAUUUAUUGUUGCAAAAAUUGAAUAUUGAAAAAGUGUGUAAACUACUUGUUAUUUAUCCCCAAAAACGUAGAUUGAGUGAAUUCAGUAAUUCUUGUGCAAAUAGAGAACAAAAUGUGGAACCAGGAAUAUGCAUAAAUACGAAUCAGGAAAUAAUAAUUUACCAUUUCAGCGUUUAGCUUGUUUAUCUCUAUAAAACGGGGCUCAUGUAUCUAUAUGUAUGUAUCCGCCGAACCCCAGAUCCUGCACGCAACCCAAAUCAUUCUCGAAAAUAAGACCACAGAUAAAUACACAAAACACAAGCAUCAAGUAGAAUAGAAUUACAGCCAAGGUCAAGGGCCGUAUAUCCCAUGACCUAGUACAAAAACAAAGAAAACAAAAGAAAAACCCAGCACGCGCAGCUCCCUCUCUACAUGAAAAUCUAAUUUUAUAAUUUGUCGUGGCUCUUCCUCUUGUUUGGUUUUUAUUUUGGCAAAGCACAGAACGCAAAAUUUUUAUGUCAUUAGCUUGUUUAUUUUUGGCCAGAAAAUGAAGCGACAUUUUCCUUUUGGUCGGGUUAUUAUCUCUCUCACACUUGUCUUGGCUUCUUAAUUGUUUCGCUCGUUCGCUUAUUGCAUUAUAUGGGUGUUUCUGUGGUCCUCAUAUAACGAUGGUCCUCAUUAUUGCUGUAACCGGGCUCGUAAAAGAAUUAAUUAUAGUUAGCCCCAGCCACUUGAAAGUGUUGUAAAAAUAUUUACGAUCCAUUUCAUUGUUGUUCACCAUUCGAUUCUCGCUUUAGUUGAUGGCUCGCGUGAUUGACUUAGUUGAUGGAUUUUGGAGGGGCAUCAAAUGAAGGGGAUUGAGUGUCGACGGAAAUGCCCAAGUGGCUGCGAAAGGAAUUAUGCUUAAGUAAUGCAUUUUGGGCAGUUUAGACAUUCUGAUGAUUGGCUUGGGAAAAUCUUUUCAUCAAAACGAUUAGCCUUAAACUUUAUGGGCUAAUCAAUUUUUGAAUUAUUGCUAGCUAUUCAAGAUUUCAUUAAGAAUUUCAGUGCAAUCUGGCGUUCAGUGUGUUUAAGAAAGAAAAUAUUUAUAAUUGGAUGAUUCUUGAAAAUUUCGAUGUAUAUUUGGAAUCCGUUUAUUAGCUUGGGAGACCAUGUAUUUAUGUUUAAUUUUCAUUUAAUUCCUUUGCUGCCAGAGUAGAUUCAAGUUAUGAGAGCCAUUUGUCACAAAGUUUGUUCUCGUAUUAAAAGUGUUAUGAUUAUUACCUAAUGAAAUCAUAUUUUGAAAUUUCCACUUAAGUUAAUGGUUUAAUCAUUUUAUUGAAUUAUUGCAAGCUGUUCAAAAUUUCAUUAUUUAAAAAGAGUAAUCUUGCUUAAAGUUUGCUGUAGAAAUAAACAAAUUACCAUUAAUUUCGCUUCGAUUUCCUUUGCUGACUUUUGGAAAAUUUUAAUUGAGUUUUCUGUUGUUAAUGCUUCAUUUAAUCAAGCAAGCUGUUUAUAAAUGGCCCUGGAAAUGUGUUAGCUAAGCACUUUUCAAUUUGUGCCCGCCCACGUAUACGGCCACGCCCACUCGCUGUUCCAGCGAACAGCUGUCUAAAUUUAUCGCACCAAGGCAAUCAAUAAGCGACCAUAAAACUAAUUGCGCCGUGUCUUCAACUAAUUAAACUCGCACAAACACACAUUGGUAAUUGCCGAGCAUUUGGAAUUUUAUUUAGUCUGUUUUUUCCCCUUUUUUUUACGCUCCUUACGUGUUGUAGGGUAACUUGAGCCACCGCGUUCGCAUAUCCUGCAAGUGAGUUCGGUUCGGUUCGGGCUAAGUAAUUUUGAGCCGGAAACUGGCAAUUUCCGUUGCCGUUGCCACACUCGCGCCCACUUGCACACACUUUCAUGUACUUGUGUACGUUCACUUAGCCCCGAAAGCCUUUACUGCCACUUUUGUUGGCCAAAUGUACAAGUCAACGAACUGAGCGGGCUAAAAAAAUAUUCGCGUGCUUGAGUUAAACUAAAAAUAUGACGUUUUUGAAGGGUGGCCAAAUGGUCAUUACGACUUUAGUUAAUGAUGGUCAUCUCAACAAUUGGAAAUAAAUAUGAAUAAAUCAAAAAUCAAUAUUCAAGCUACCAAAUAUUAAUUUAUUUAAAUAUAUUUCAUAAAAUAAUAUUAACUUAAUUUGUUUCCACAUCUUAAAACUGACUAUACAUUCAAAAACGUUUCUAAUUAAAAGAAGUAAUUAAAAAAUAGACAACCAAAAUUGUGAUUAUAUUUUUUCUGCGUGACAAUAACCAUAAACGGCAGUCGCGAGAAGCCAAAAUUAAUAAUUACCAUUAUCUUCAUUCGGGCGGCUGUGCGACCUCGGUAAAUGCAAAUAAAUUGCUGGUCCUUUAAAACAGAAAUUAAAUUUAAUGCAGGCCCAAAUAACAAAGCAAACAAAAAGCGGUCGGGUCGGCGAGAACUGAAAGUUAUUCAAAUGAAACCACAGUAACGACAAAUCAGAUAACAAAGAGGGCAGGCACACGCACCGCCACACAGACAAAAAAACACAGACAAAAACACAGAGGCCAUCCUGAGAGCGGUCAACAAUUAGGAGAAACCACAACAAACCACCAACAGCACUACAACCACCGCCAUUAUCAACAAGUUCACCCCACCAGACGCACUCGAACCACCGAACUCACGAUGAAUUUAAUGUUUCGCAAGAAUUUCCGCGAGGGGGCUAGCAAAUCGGGCGGCGGGGGUGGCAAGCUGCAGUCGAAGGCGAACAGGACGAAGCGCUCCAGGGACAUGGGGCUCGUCCAGCAGCCGGAGGAGAUCCACUACAGGACACACCUGUUCUUCUCGCCCAACCGACCCGGCUACGAUGUGGGCGAAGAACGAUGUAGCGCCCUGUCGGGCAUCCCGAGCACCCCGCUGUCGAGCACCGCCCCCUCGCUGGCCCUGCCCGGCAACCUGCCCUACGAGCUGGACAUUCCGCAGCCGCUGGUCGACCGCCGGCCGUCCGUCUCCCUCAUGCGCUGGAGCAGCAGCAGCGGACCGGGAACGGGUACGGGUACGGCCACGGAGAACAGCAGCAGCAACAGUGCUAGCAACAGCCUGAUCCGCCUGCAGCAGCAGCAGCAACUACAGCAGCAACUACAGCAGCAAAUACAGCAGCAACUGCAGCGGCAGCAGCAGCAGCAUCUAUUGGCAACAGCAACAGCAACAACACUGGGGUACGCUGAUGCAACGGUGGCCACGGCAACAACAACAUUGCUAGCGGCCGCAGCUGCAGCCACGCGGCAAGUGAACUUUGGUGGUGGCGCCAACUCGGGAGUCACACGGGCGGAACCCAUCUCAUUGGCCACCUUGGAUCGCGACUGCUUCAUCAUUCCCGUGCACAGUGUGGAUCGAUUCCUGCCAGCUGGCAUUCCGCUGCCCGCUUUGAAUGCCGAGGGUAAGGCCACCAGUCCGCUGAGCGUGUUGGAAGUGUCCGAUCCGAAGCUGUGCAUCCUGGUGCAUUUGAUGAGUCCCCUGGAGGCCAUCGAUCCGGUGAUGGAGUCGCCGCUGUCGCAUCCGCUGCUCAAGCAGCGCUCCAUUGCCGCCGAACUGGUGACCGAGGUGCAGCAGGCCAACACGGCUGUGGGCGGAAUGCUGCUGGCCAACAUGGAGAAGAGCUCCGAGUUCCCCUUCAUCUCGUACUACCUGAUCAAUACGCUGCAAACGGAUCCUUCCAGUUUCUAUGCCGGCCUGCGCGUCUCCUCGCUGUCCAAGUUCGAGCCAAAGGCCCUCAAAUACACUGCCGCCCACACCCUGGAUUUAUACAGCGAGGUGGCCGCCAUUUGCCGCCCGCCUUUGGUCCUGCCCUCCAACGAGGCCGGCAGCUUCAAGAAAUCGCAGACCGCGGCCACCGGCUACAUUAUUAGCGUGUUCAAGGUUUUCGAGGGCGACGAUGGCGAACGAUUCGAAAAGAAUUGGCUUUACUGGACUGGCGCCCGGAUGCUGUACAGGUACUUGCCACGUGCCGCCGGCCUGAGGCGCAUCGCGCUGCACAAGAGCACCUCGCAAAAGGGCGACAAGAUGUACCUGCUGGUGUGCGAGUGUGCCGACCUGCUCAAGGACAUCUCGCUGGCCGCCUUCCUGAUUCCGGCACUCCGAGCCCGACUCUGCGGAUAUACGGGACUCUAUCGACCAAUACAGGCCUUCUAGUCGCCGGAACCACGUAGUUUUCUAUCUCUGUAUCUGUAUCUGUAUCUGUAAAUAGUGGAUCUAGCGAUGGGUAGCUGGCUGAACUAAUGCGAAACAAACACUGCAAUAUGAAAGAAACUGCACCUGUUAAGUGAUUAUAAUUCGAUAUUUACUAGGCCUAAACCAAUUUUUACACUCUCUCCAGUCGAACUCCCAGCUCUGAUAAAAGCAAAUGUGGAAGGGGAGUUGUGCUAGAGAACCAUCUUUUAGGCAUCUAACUUAAGUAGUAGACAAUAUACUCAAGGUAAUCCAUAUCGUGUGCUAGAUUUUUCUAUAAAUCAUAUAGAGGCAAGCCCAAUUAAUAGGACCAUAUCUAGUGUGAGUUGGUAGCGAAGAAAACUUCCAUUUUAGCCACAACAAGUAUAGAUUCGGUGGGAACUAAUUUAUCAUAGUAGUAAUCCCAGUAGUUAAUCACAAAUUUAAAGCUGAAUUUUUCGCUGAAAAGUAGGCUAUGAAAUCUGCAAACCAAAAGUCAAUUCUUAGCAUAGCAUAAAACUAAUAUAGAUUGUCGAGCUGGGGGGUGAAUAAAAUUGAACGGGUUUCAUCAGAGGGAUGGGGGAUCUAGCUAACUUUGCCCAAAUCUAACAGAAAUCUGCCAAAGAGAAAAGCAAAUCUAAUCUUAAUUUAAAUUAACAAAUUGUUUAAAAUUUAACAUUUUUUUAAUCUAAGCAAAUGAGUAAGCCAAAUAAGAUUUUCAAUCAAAAAUUUGAUUAUUUAAUGCUUGGCUAUAGCUUGCCACUUACAAUUUAGGAAAUAUACCAUACAUAUUAACAUACAUUUAUAACAAUUGUAAAUAGUUUGAUGAACUUUAAGGCACUUGCUCCGAACACACGAAAACGCCAGGUUCCUGGCUUCUAUUUGAGAAAUAUAUAAUUUUGCACAAUAAAAACAGAAUCAAAAAGUGCUGUGAUAAUUAAACUAAAGCAGAGCAGAGCCACAAAAAAAGCAAAACUAAAUAAAACCAAUGUAUAAGGAUAAACCAUAGAACUUUAUUUCACACAGUCAAAGACAAUAUCAUUUAGCUGCCAUUGAAAAUUCACAGGACUCUGGCUUAUUUUUUUCCAAAAUUAAUCCAAUUACUUAGAUAAACUAGAAACAGACAACUUUCAAUGCUUAUGCUAAGCCUAAAGCCUAAGGAAAUAAUAAUUACCAAAUGUUCGAAAUUUUUUGUCACAUCUUAAGCUAUAAGCUUGGAGCAAACAAACGUUUGGCGCGCUUAGCAUUAAUAAUAAAGCGUAACAUUAAAAAUACA